AUGACUAACUGGACUGGAUCAACUAGCAGAAAGAAGAGAAAAACGAACCUUCUUGAUCAGCCAUCUUUAUUUAAGAUUCUGGAUUCAGAAGUCCGGAUUCAGGAUCCAAGACGAGUUGACGAUACGAGAGAGACCGAAAAAAAAACCAAAAAAUCGGUGGUCGGCAAGAAGAAGAGUGAGAAGGACAAGAACGGGGCGUGGCUUCCAAAAAUGGAUAGAAUAGGAACCGCCCACAGAAGAAGACGAAGUAGAAGAAAAACUGAAGAAGACGACGAAGAAGAGGAGCUGCUGAUAGAGGAUGGAUGGACAACAGCAGCUGGAUUGGAAGGAGGAGAAAAGGGAAACAAGCAAAAAAAAAAGAGAAAAAAGAAAAAAGAAAGCGAAAUGAAACAAAUCAUGAUCAGAAAAGAUCUAUCGAAAAAUAAAAUGAGAUCAAUCGAAAAGACGAAUGGCAAACGCUACACGGCUCACUAUUUGUUCGUCUCAAAUCUGCCAAUGAAAGAUGAUAUAAAAUCGGUUGUUUUCAUGAACUUCGGGCAGGUGUCGAGUUGCAUUGAUCUUUGUGCUUGGGUAGUGAUAUUGGCACGUAAUCAUCUUUUGGAUUGUCGUAGGAUAGUUUUCAAUUAG